CUAUAUAUAAUACAGAUUUCGUUUAACCUUCAACUCAACUUAAAAGACAUAUUGUUAAACUUACAAACUUAUACAUCCAUCUCAAUCUGUAACUUCUCAAAACUCUUCAUCAAUAUGCCUAGGGUUCCCUUCAGCAGCGUUCUCCUUCUCAAUCUCAGGAGAGGAUACACAGUAGCAGUGGAGAAUUUAAAAGAGCGGACUGUUGCUUGCAAUAGCAGCAAAGUGGCCAAGUCUUCGUCUUCAUCUUCUUCUUCGAGCAGUAUUGAGAAAGGUGUGGAAAAAGAGAUAUAUUGGAUGAGAGAUCCCAAAACUGGAAAUUGGAUACCAGAAACUCAUUUCAAUACCAUCGAUGCCGCGGAGUUACGAGACAAAUUUCUACCUACCAGUAGAAAAUUUACGAUGCCAAAUGCAUAGGGGUAGUAAUCAAAAUUAGAGGAUUAAAACUAAUUAUGUUACGAUGGCAAAGGUAUAGGCGUAGAAAAUUUACGAGACAAGUUUCUUUCACCGUGCAUGUAAGGUGUCUCCUACAGUGAUAUGUUGUAUAUCUAGCCUUAGCUUUCCUCCAACCUUUCUUGAAAUAAUACAGUGUUCCAAAUUCAUCAUUCAAUAAAUUCAACAUAGACUUUAAUGUUUCCAAA